AUGGCUAACGUCACCAGCGCGCAGCUAUCGCCUGCCAAAUCGCAGCGUUUAGCAACAGCAUCGCAAGAAAGUGUUGGGAUUAUCAACGCUAUGCCUCCCAGACGUCGACUGCGGGCAACUGCGAGCCCGUCUCCAGGGCCCCAGGGUUCGAGAGCCUCGACCCCCGCACGGGAUCCGGUCACGGGACGAGUCAUUUCCGAUCUGGGAGGAAAAACCAGAACGCCCGUCCCUGCCAAGUACAGCACCUCUUACGGUUCGCCAAUAGCCCAGCUGCCGGACCGGUCCUCGAUUGGCGGCGGCGGCAACAUCACGAAAGCGGCAGCUGAAAUCUUCACCAAGGUGAAGAGAGACAAUGUGGCUGCGGAAGUCCGCCGUCGCGCAAAGGACCAAGCAAGGGCGGCGCGAGCAGGCUCCAUAGACGCGACCGCUCCGCCCCCGUCGCCGCCAACGAUACGGCCUACCAUUGAGAUGGACGGGCUGGAAUUUGAAGCGGAGAGCGUGGAGGAGCAGUCAAAUGGAGAAGAGGGCAGCGAGUACGAGGAUCUGGAUGAACCGCAGACAAAACGACGCCGCGCCCCUAGGAAGCCCGCGCCGAAAGACUCCAGAAAACGAGCUCGCGACGACGAGGAAGCGGAAGCCCGCUCGGAGAAGGAGCGGAAGGAAAGAGAUGCUCGGUUAAGGCUGGAGCGGUCCGCAGAGGCCGGGGAAGCUCGCAGCCGCAGAAGCCAGAAGUUGGCCGAGGAAAAGGCCGAGCGAGAACGCAAAGCGGAGGAGGAACGUAAAGUCGAGGAGCAGCGGAAAGCCGAACAGGAGCGGAAAGCCGAACAACAACGAAAAGCGGCGCAGCGGAAGGCUGAACAGCAACGGAAAGCUGAAGAACAACAGAAGACCGAAGAGCAACAGAAAGCCGAGCGGGAACUUGCCGAGCAGGUAGCACGGGAACAAGCGGCGAGAGCGGCCAUGCCUCCCCCGCCACAACCGUUUGUACCUCGACCCGCUCCCGGCGUGGCCCUGACCCCGAACAAUCUUGCCAUGCCGACAGAUCUCAAUGGCGACCGGCCCGGGUCGGCGCGUAUUUUCGUCGAGGAAAGCAAUUUGUUCCACGACGCAAAUCUUCAAACCCCAACCCCGCCACCUCUUAGGGAUAUGCGACGAGCGGGCCCAGCCGCACCCCCUUCACCGCCUCAGCCAGUUCAGCCCCUGGAAGAGGAGGUACAACUACCCACAUCACCCCCGGCAGAACAUCCUUCGCCCCCGAGUGUACUUAAACGACCGCCAAGGCGACCGGGCGGUACUACACCAGCAGCGACCCGGUCAGACCGGCCAUCAGGCAUUAACCCGUACCGCCAUGCCAUUCCACAAACGCCGCCAGCGAGCGGAUCACCGGAGUUGGAAGAUGAGGAGCAGGAGGAGUCGUCACAAGAAACGCUCGCUGAUCCAUACGCUACCAUAAGCUUCGAGAACCAACUCCGAAACCGACUUAAGCCUCAAGAAGGCAAAGGCAAAUUGGACGGAGGGGAGGAGCAGGUGGAGCAAGCCGAGGAUGUUGCCGCUGCGAGUUCUUACGACUAUCGCCCGCGCUGGGUUGAUGUCAAGGAGUCAUUCACGUUGCGGUCGGUCAUGAAAGUUGUUGCGGGAGCUUUCAUCUUACUCCACUUGAUCCGCCUCACCCACAGCUUUGUUCGGCCGGAUCUUUUUGAGGCUCCUGUUCUGACGCUCAAUUGGUACGGCUGGAAUGACUGGGCGAACAACGUCGGCCAAUUUUUCCCUUCGCCUCUCCUUCACCCACUCGGUGUGCUCACAGAUGACCAAUACGACGAUCUCAAAGAGUAUCUGGAACGGAGGACCUCAAGGACCGAAACAGUUGUCGACAAUCUCAAGUCGGUUCUUCCGAAGGUUGUUUCGGUGAAGAGGGAUAACAAGGGCAAGAUAAUCAUCGCGGAUGAGUUUUGGGCCGCUCUUAAGGCUCUCAUUCAACACGACAACAGUAUCCUGUCGCUCGACGGAAAGUCUCAGAUUUCACAGCAACACUGGAAGGCGAUAGAGCAACGGUUGAAGGAAGCCGGCCUGCUUGACAAGCCUUUGUCAGCCGACGAUGUGGCACGGAUUGUAGACAAGUCGGCACCUGUGUCCUGGGAGAAGUGGCUGGAAAAGAACAAACAGAAGGUCGCGGACACCAUUGGGCAAGGCAAGGGCUCGUCCAAGGGGCCAUCUAAAGGGGCUGAUGAAGGCAUCGUCUCGAAAGAGGAGUUCAUGCGCGAAUUGACCGCUCGCUUAGCCAAAUCCAAGACGGAGGUCGACAUCGAGAUGGGUGGUCUGCGCAAGGAACUCGACGGUGUCCUACACGAGGUUAAGAAGCUCGCCUCCGAUGCCGGCAUGACCAAAACCGAGACCAUUACGCUCAUCAACAAAGUGGUCGACAAGGAAAUCGUCCGCCGCCUGGCCCAAAUAGGAAGCAGGCCUGGCGCCGCUAAGAUCGAUGCCAUGUUCAGCAACCGCGUCAAUUUCUUCUCCCCAGGCAACAACGCCAAAGUCGACAUCUCGCUCUCCUCGCCAACCUACCAACUCGAUACGCCCCGCAUCGCUUCCCAGAAAUGGCUCAAGUCGAUGCGCGGGCAGCCACAGUUCCUCCAGGACAAGUCGCAGGCGCUGCGGCCGUGGUCGGAUCCGGGUCACUGCUGGUGCGCGGCCACGCUGGGCAACAAGAACCGUACGCACCCGGCGACGCUCGCGGUGCAGCUCCCGCGCUUCGUUAUUCCGCAGCAGGUGCUGCUCGAGCACAUCGACCCAGCCGCCACCACGGACCCGCUCGCCAUGCCGCGCGACGUCGAGGUCUGGGCCCGCAUCGAGGACCCGGACCACCAGGACCGCGUGCUUGAUUGGAUGGCCGUCCAGUUCCCCGCCGACCUCGGCCCGCCCGCCAACAACAAGCUCAUCGACGACGGCUUCGCCAAGAUCGGCCACUUUUCCUACGAGCACCGCCAGCAGGACGAGGGCAUCUACGUGCACCAGCUGUCGCGGGACUUGGUGGAGCGGCUGCGGGCGGCGACGGAUCUGAUCGUGUUGCGGGCCGUGUCGAAUUACGGCGCCAAGGACCACACGUGCUUUUAUCGCGUGAGGCUGUAUGGGGAUGAGGUGGAGGAGUUGGAGACGGAAUAG